AUGAGUUACGCAUUCCUAAUGGAAGUGGAUUGUUCAAUGAGUUACGUAUUCCAGGAGGAAGAGGAUUUUUCAAUGAGUUACGUGUUCCAGGAGGAAGUGGAUUGCCCAAUGAAUUACGUGUUACAGGAGGAAGGGGAGGAAGUGGAUUGUCCAAUGAGUUACGUGUUCCAAGAGGAAUUGGAUUUUUCAAUGAGUAACGUAUUUCAAAAGGAUUUAAAUUUUUCAAUGAGUUACGUUUUCCAGGAGGAAGUGGAUUGUCGAAUGAGUUACGUAUUCCAGGAGGAAGAGGAAGUGGAUUGUCCAAUGAGUUACGUACUCCAGGAGAAAGUGGAUUGUCCAAUGAGUUACGUACUCCAGGAGGAAGUGGAUUGUCCAAUGAGUUACGUACUCCAGGAGGAAGUGGAUUUUUCAAUGAGUUACGUACUCCAGGAGGAAGUGGAUUGUCCAAUGAGUUACGUACUCCAGGAGAAAGUGGAUUGUCCAAUGAGUUACGUACUCCAGGAGGAAGUGGAUUGUCCAAUGAGUUACGUACUCCAGGAGGAAGUGGAUUGUCCAAUGAGUUACGUACUCCAGGAGAAAGUGGAUUGUCCAAUGAGUUACGUACUCCAGGAGGAAGUGGAUUGUCCAAUGAGUUACGUACUCCAGGAGGAAGUGGAUUGUCCAAUGAGUUACGUACUCCAGGAGGAAGUGGAUUGUCCAAUGAGUUACGUACUCCAGGAGAAAGAAGAUUGUCCAAUGAGUUACGUACUCCAGGAGGAAGUGGAUUGUCCAAUGAGUUAUGUACUCCAGGAGAAAGUGGAUUGUCGGAUGAGUUACGUAUUCCAAGAGGAAGCAGAUUUUUCAAUGAAUUACGUAUUCCAGGAGGAAGUGGAUUUUUCAAUGAAUUACGUAUUCCAGGAGGAAGUGGAUUUUUCAAUGAGUUACGUAUUCCAAGAAGAAGUGGAUUUUUCAAUGAGUUACGUAUUCCAGGAGGAAGCAGAUUUUUCAAUGAGUUACGUAUUCCAAGAGGAAGCAGAUUUUUCAACGAGUUACGUCUUCCAGGAGGAAGCAGAUUUUUCAAUGAGUUACGUAUUCCAAGAGGAAGCAGAUUUUUCAACGAGUUACGUCUUCCAGGAGGAAGCAGAUUUUUCAAUGAGUUACGUAUUCCAGGAGGAAGUGGAUUUUUUAAUGAGUUACGUAUUCCAGGAGGAAGUGGAUUUUUUAAUGAGUUACGUAUUCCAGGAGGAAGUGGAUUUUUUGAUAAGUUACGUAUUCCAGAAGGAAGUGGAUUUUUUAAUGAGUUACGUAUUCCAGGAAGAAGUGGAUUCUCCAAUGAGUUACGUAUUCCAGGAGGAAGUGGAUUGUCAAAUGAGUUCCGUAUUCCAGGAAGAAGUGGAUUCUCCAAUGAGUUACGGAAGUGCAUUGUUCAUGGAUUGUUUCAAUACGUUUUUACUUACUCUCAAUCCCUUCGAACGAAUACUGGUCCGUUGA